AUGGAUAUGGAGGGCGAAAACGAAAAUAAGAGGACAUUUGAUCUGGGUUCACUAAGGAUCAACCUUCCACAGAACAAGAGAGGGUUGUCACGAUAUUACUCCGGGAAAUCGAGAUCAUUUACGUGCAUGGCCGACGUUCACUGUGUGGAAGAUCUGAAGAAACAAGAACGCCCGAAUGUGAAAAAGAGGAAGAAGCAAAUGGACAGGCAGGGUGUGCAGGUUCCGCCAUUGUCGUGCCGUCGAGUGUUCAGUAGUAGCCAAUUUGCUACACCGAUCAUUGGAGUGUAG